AUGGAGUUGUGCAAACAAAACAACAACCACAUCACCGCCGUAUCCGGCGAUCCGUUGAACUGGAACGCGGCGGCGGAAGCUUUGAAAGGGAGCCAUUUGGAGGAGGUGAAACGUAUGGUGGAAGAUUACCGGAAAGGGGCGGUGCGGUUAGGAGGAGAGACGCUGACGAUUGGUCAAGUCGCCGCCGUGGCUAGUGGAGGAGUGACGGUAGAGCUGGCGGAGGAAGCUCGUGCCGGAGUGAAAGCGAGUAGCGAGUGGGUUAUGGAGAGCAUGAACCGUGGAACCGACAGUUAUGGAGUCACCACAGGGUUUGGUGCAACUUCCCAUAGACGAACCAAACAAGGUGGUGCACUUCAAAAGGAGCUUAUUAGGUAA